CGGCCCGAUCCCCCUGCACCGCAUAUCAGAAAGCUGGCAAAAUCUUAAGGCUCGUUGGGGGGAGAGAGAGAGAGAGAGCGAGCGCGCGCGCUCGAGAGGAAGAGGCGAUGGAGAAGGAGAGAGAGCAACAGGUUUACUUGGCGAGACUAGCGGAGCAGGCCGAGAGACACGAUGAGAUGGUUGAAGCAAUGAAGAAAGUCGCUAAAUUGGAUGUGGAAUUGACAGUAGAUGAAAGGAACCUGGUGUCUGUUGGGUAUAAGAAUGUUAUUGGGGCAAGGAGGGCAUCAUGGCGGAUAUUAUCUUCCAUUGAACAGAAGGAGGAGGCCAAAGGGAACGAACACAAUGUGAAGAGGAUAAAAGAGUACAGGCUGAGGGUUGAAGAUGAGCUUGCAAGUAUCUGCAACGACAUAUUAGCAGUCAUUGAUUACCACCUCCUUCCAUGUUCCUCAACAGGGGAAUCAACUGUUUUUUACUAUAAGAUGAAAGGAGACUACUAUCGAUAUUUAGCUGAGUUUAAAGCGGGUGAGGGACGUAAGGAAGCUGCAGAUCAGUCACUGAAAGCGUAUGAGGCUGCUACUAGUACUGCUGCUUCCGAUUUGCCCCCAACUCAUCCAAUCAGACUUGGCCUGGCCCUGAACUUCUCUGUUUUUCACUACGAGAUCUUGAACUCCCCUGAGAGGGCCUGCCACCUUGCAAAGCAAGCUUUCGAUGAGGCUAUUGCUGAACUUGAUAGUCUUAACGAAGAAUCCUACAAGGACAGUACCCUUAUUAUGCAGCUACUUAGGGACAACCUUACGUUAUGGACCUCAGAUCUGCCAGAUGAGGGAGGCGAACAAUCCAAAGUUGAUGAAACUCCAGCAGAGAAUUAAUCCAGCAAGAGAUUCUUUGAUCCAUCAAGAGUGGAAAAUGAUAGGGUGCGUUCAGGACUUUUAUUUGCAGUCGUAGGACCAGGAUUUGUGACUAUGGCUUGUAUUCCUAUCUUAUACCAUGUCUGCUACAUUUAUGAUUGUGGUGGAGAUUUCUUACCCAACUGCCCCUGAUGAACUUCAUUUGCUGGCCGUUACGCUACUUAGUUUUCCUCUUGAAUAAGGUUUUCCUCCAAUCAAGUUUAUGAAAUUGCCAUGUGUUCCUUGAA